AUGAGUUGGGCAUGCUGGAUGUCUGCUUUCCGUCGAAAAUCUUCGCUGGAUGUUGAGGCCGUGGCCGUGGACGCAGGGUCUGUCAGCGAAGCAGCAGGCAUAUUUCGUGAGAACGGCUUCGUGAUUCUGCGUGGUGCCCUCUGUGAAAAUGACGUGAAGGAAGUCUACGAGGCCUGCACACGACUGCAUGAGAAUGUGCGCCGAAUCGACCCCGAGGGCCUGGGAAACCGGAACCCGCAGCGGUACUCGAUGGGGAGUUUGACUCCUUCCAGAAGCUGUAUGCAUUUGUCAUCCUUUCUGCACCUCCUGACACCUUCUGUCCUUGCCCUGAUGGAUCGGAUUUUUAAUGGUGGCUUCCUGGUUUCUGGCUUGGGUGGCGACUACUGCACUGGCGUGACAUGGGAAUUUCAGAAGCUUCACUCUGACAUGCGCCCGGCACGACCCUUGAACGGCAAAGGCAGCAGCAAAAGCAAAAUGAAGAAUGCUCCGGUGCACUGCAAGGACUUCCCCCCGCUCGUUUGCGUGAACUAUGCCGUGCAAGAUCUCACUGCAUACAACGGCCCUAUGCGGAUUGUGUCCUGGAAGGAGAUGGCCGCCUACUGCCAGGACAAGCCCUGGAUAGAUGCUCCGGGUCUGGGAGAUGAGUUGGAGAAGCGCAGCGACUGGCUGCGCUCGAAGAUCUUUCCCUUGCAGGCCGGAGACUGUCUGGUCCGAGAUGUCCGUGUCUGGCAUGGUGGCUGCCCAAACCUGAGUGGGGAAGCUCGUUAUCUGCCUGCGCUAGAAGUCAUCUCCCAUGAGUACUUCACCUUCCUACAGACGACUGGUCCGAAACAGGAGCCGGCGCUACCAUUGAAGCUUUACAAGACCUUGCCAGAGGCGAUCGCUGUUCUCUGCAACCAUGCGGUUAGCAGCGGCAGCAGCCCAGUGGAUGCACAUGUGGAUGACUACCAGUGGCUCAAUGCCGAUCUGCGAAAGCCAGCUCGGGACGACUACUACUUGCCUCUCUAUGAGUUGAUGCGGGAAGAUCACCAACCUAUCAUAGAAGUGCUGCAGAAGUUAAGCGGGCAGCGCUGCUUGGAGUCUGUGCCCAGCCUCGUCGCACAGAUGAACGGGGGUGCACGAGAUCUUCUACACACUAUGGCUGCGAGGGAUGCAAGACUACGCGAGACACUGCUAGAGCUGAUGAAGCCAAUGGAGCAACCUCGCGGGCAGCCAAAGCGCCGCUGGCAGAAGUGA